GAAUCGCAAAAAGGGACCAGGUCCUUUAGCUGCCUAAAGGUCCGGGUCUUAAGUGGUUAAAGUGACACUAAAAUAUGCUUUUUCUCCAAAAAUGAUCCAUCCACAUCCACUACUUAUUGGCCGAUCAUCUGCAGACAUAAACGGGGCCUGUGAGAUGAGGCUUUGGGCAAGAUUAGCAAGUUUGGGUGACCACCCCCUGGAGGUAUACACCGUAUGAGCGAUACCGACCUCAAUCCUAGGAGUUCCACCUAUGAGCAUUGUGAUGGAGGUCACAUUUGUGUAUCGUGAUCCUUGUGGUGUUGGUUUUCUGGUUGAUGAACCACAUACCUGGAUAUUCUAUAACUGUGGACUGUAUAGUGUCUUUAUGUUCGCUACUAUUUAAGAUCUUCGACUGAAGAGCCGACUUUAUUCCUUUACCAUAUUCCCUUAAACCCCCUCCCCCACCCUGCUUCCCAUCCCCUAUAGAGCGGAUCUGUCUAUGAGGUCAUACUGUCCUCCCUCUGCGGGGUCAGGAUGACCUUCGUCUCUGGGGUCAUGCUGUCUCUGAGGUCAUGUUCUCUGUCUCUGGAGUCGGGCCUGUCUCCGGGGGCCAUGUUGUCUCCAGGGUAGUGCUGUCCUCUCCCUGGGGUCACAGUGUGCUCUGCCUCUGGAGUCCGACCUCUCUCCAGGGCCAUUCUGUUCUCUGGGGUCAUGCUGUCCUCUGUCUCUGGGAUCAUGCUGUCUCUGAGGUCAUGUUCUCUGUCUCUGGAGUCGGGCCUGUCUCCGGGGGCCAUGUUGUCUCCAGGGUAGUGCUGUCCUCUGUCCCUGGGGUCACAGUGUGCUCUGCCUCUGGAGUCAGACCUCUCUCCAGGGCCAUUCUGUUCUCUGGGGUCAUGCUAUCCUCUGGGGUCAGGCUGUCUCCAGGAUCAUGGUGUCCUCCAUCUUUUGGGGUCAGGCUGUCCUCUGUCUCUGGGGGUCAGGCUGUCUCCAGGAUUGUGAUGUCCUCCGUUUAUGGGGUCAGGCUGUCUCCAGGAUCAUGGUGUCCUCCAUCCCUGGGAUCAGGCUGUCUCCAGGAUCAUGGUGUCCUCUAUUUCUGGGGUCAGGCUGUCUCCAGGAUCAUGGUGUCCUCCAUCCCUGGGAUCAGGCUGUCUCUGAGGUCAGGAUGUCUCCUGGAUCGUGAUGUCCUCCAUCUCUGGGGUCACACUGUGCUCUCUCUUCCUGGGGCCACCCUAACCUCUGUCUCUGGGGUCAUGCUGUCUCCAAGAUUGCGCUGUCCCUUUUUGUUCUUUUAUUUAUCAUCACAAUGUUAUUUAUCACGUUUUACAGUUAAUGUUAUUACAUGUCAAAGUUUGUUUUAUAAUAAAGUCAUUUCUGUGUUUUACCCUCCGUGUUUCUUCUCGCUCUCCGCACACCUUGGACACCUUUUCCUGACACACAUCAUCUGUUAUUGUGGGUGGAGCGUCAUACAAUAUUAUUUUACUGAUACAUUUUAUUGCAUAUUAUUACUUUUCUAUUUUACAUACGUAUUCUCUCCGGUGAUCCCUACAGCUCCACCAUGACCUCAAUGAAACCACAAUGUGUCAGAAUUGUUUUAUGUCUCCAGCCAUGACACACAAUGAAAUCUCAUAUCCCUAGUGCUGGGCACAGCCAUCAUCUCCUAUGGGGCAUUAAAGGGAAAGGUGUCCUCAGUCUGUGAAAUCUGUGUCCACACUUAUACAAGCUCCAGUCAUUCAGCUCCAUUUUUUUAUUUUUUUUGGGAGGGUGC